CUAUAAAAAAAAAAUGAAUUGUAAGGAAAAUGGCCGCUAGACCAUUGAUAGCGGCUUGCUGUCAAAAUAGUAGAAUAGUUUUUAAGACAACGCGUACGCAAUAAUUUGUGUGGAAACAUUAUUCAUGCAUGGUUUGAAUUUGCAGACCGAAUGAAUUUAUUUUAUUGUAUCGCAGGUGAUUCCAAUAUAACUUGGCGGAGGUCAUUUACACCUUUGCAAGUGGCUUCGUGUCGUGCCCACUAAAUUCCAUCGAACAGUGUUUACUUGUGAGAAUGAGUGAAGAAGGCAGCGAAGAUUCGCCUCCACGGCCCAAGCGCAAGAUCAAGAAAGUGAUGGUUCUUUCGUCUGACUCUAGCUCGGACAGCGACGAAAGCGUCACAGCGGCGGGGUCACGCAGAAAGAGAUUGAGGGUGCUGAGUGAUGAGGGUAGUGACAGCAGCAGUUCAGUGGUGUGUGCCCGGCGUAAGCGCGCCCUGCCUAAGCUUCGAGAUUCCGAUGGUGACAGCGACACGUCAGGAUGGGCCACCGACCACUCGGACGCGCCCAAGCCCGCUGCCUCGGCGGCUAGACCUACUUCAGGCUUUGCAUCGGACAGUUCAGAAGGGAAUUCAGACAAGUGCUCUAUUUGCCUGUUACGGUUUACCAAUCAAGAAGUGGGCACUCCUCAGAGCUGUGAACAUAUUUUCUGUCUUGACUGUAUCACUGAAUGGUCUAAAAAUGUGAACACUUGUCCAGUAGACAGGAUGACAUUUGACUUUAUCGUAGUAAGAACAUGUGCAGGCGGACGGGUGCUACGUACUGAGCCAGUCAAGGUGGUGGAGCGCAGGCCUUCCGUAGAGCUGCUUGUCAUUGAGGACCCCACUAUCUGUGAGGUGUGUGGCCGCACAGACAAUGAGGAGACUAUGCUUCUGUGUGAUGGAUGUGACCUCGGAUAUCACAUGCAGUGUCUCACUCCACCAUUGUCUGAGGUCCCUAUAGACCAGUGGCUCUGUCCUAAUUGUGACAAUUUGCUAUCAGAUGUGGAUUACUUAUUCUCAGGCAUUACAGAAAUGGACUCAGAUGUAGCAAUCACAACUAGAGGUGCAGUAGCCCGGGAAGGCAGAAAUGUCAGAUCAUUGAGAACUCACAGUGUAGAACAACCUUCCACAUCUUCAGGACGUCGGGGCAGCCAAUUGAAUUCUGAUGAUGUACCAUCAACAUCUCGAGGGUCACGAGCCACGCUGGGGAGCAGCUCAAGGGCGACUGCAACUAGGCGUAAAACUUCUGCACAUACACGCAGAAGGCCUAAACGAAGAAGAGCUAAAACUGUCAUUAUUGAGUAUGAAGUGCAAGAAAAUGGUAAAUUUCCUGUCACAAAACAAGUUAAAAGGAAACUAAAGAAAAGAAAGAGCAAGCGGCGGCAGCGGCAGCCCGCACGCGGCGUGCGCGCGGCCGUGCGGCGCAGCUUCGCAGCGCGCCGAGCCCGCCGCCGCCCGGGGGCCCGCCCGCGCGCUGGCCGCGCCCGCGCUCAGCCUGUUCGGCGACGCGUACGACCUGCCGUACUUCUCGGACGAGGGCGAGGGCGCCGUGUCCGAGCGCGCCAGCACGGCCGUGGCGUCGCGCCCCACCUCCAGCAUCCUCAGCGCCUACAGACAGGUCGGUGCGGCUGCCCGGUGUGCGAUCCUCGACUCCUGACGUGUCGUGUCUAA